AUGUGUGACGCAAAAUGGCCAAACUGGCAAACCUAUUACAGAACAUUCUCCAGUCAGGUAGCUGAAGAUACAGAUGUAAAACGUUAUGUACAGUCUGGAUUAUGGCUUUACUGUCCCGGAGCUGCACAAUGUUGGUAUAUCUUCAGUGAUGAUCUCAUCAAUUACUAUGAGAAGGUGAUUCAAAAGAGAUGUCGAAUUUGA